UAUGAAUGGAAUGAUAACAAUUUAUAUUAGUUUUCUAUUACUCGAAUUAAAUUUACUAAAAGCAGACGACUUUAAAGUUUGGAGUUAUGGAAUUAGUAAUUCAAGUUUAAAUUUUUUGGUUCUACUUCCAUUUCAUCCAUCAAUUAGGGAUCCUUCUAAUAAGACAAUUAAUUAUCAAUUCGAAGAAUGGAAUUCCGCAACUGGUUUUAACUACGUUCCUGGUUCAGUGCUCUACGCUUUAUCUGAAAUUGAAAGAGAUAGUGGACGCUAUCGAAAUAUUAGAAAGAGCGGAUUAGGUUUCUAUAUUGCUGAUACGCAAUGUUUAAGCGAUAGAAGUCUCCUCGCAUUCUGGAAUGUAUUUCUGGAUAAUUUAAAUGCAAAUAUUAAAUUUAAUAUUCAUGGAAUUAUUGGUCCAGUUUGUCUAGAAUCUUGUAAACAAAUUGCUAAAGUAGCUAGAGAAUUUCACAUUCCAGUCAUAACUUGGAGUUGUUCAGAGUUGAACGACGAAGAAAGAUCACAAGUUUUCCUAUCAGUUGCCGAAGAUGUUCAACAAACUUCUGAGACUGUUGCCAAACUUACAAUUGAUUUUGAAUGGGAAAAUCUAGGUAUUAUUGGUAACAAACUCUUUAGUGCUAACGAAUAUAAAGAAAGCAUUGAAGAGUCGUGUAAAUAUAGUGGAAAAGAUGUUAAUGUUUAUGUAAGUCAAGUUCAAAAGUCUCUACCACCUAUUAAAGGGCUCCUAGUGUUAAAUGAAAGUAGUCAACUCAGAGAAUAUGCCGAACAAGAGGAAAUUGAAACAAAUUUAUUCAAUCUCUUAAGUAAAACUAACGUGAUAUUUGUCUAUAUGAAGAAAAGGGAAUCAGUUCAUCGCUUUCUUCAUAUAUUUAGAGACAGCGGAUUAACUGUUGCGGGAGUACAGGUUAUUUUAUUUGGAUUAUCGUCGGAUUUACUCGAAUAUCCGGAAAAGAAUAGACACCUUUUAAAGAUAUUAGAAGGGCAGAUUGUCAUCCUAUCCGAUAGAAGACAACAAUCAACUUGGAAAGAUAUUGAUAAUUUUCAUAAGAAAGUCAAAGAACUUUCAGAAAAUUCAUCUUUCUCUUUCCGUGACAGGAUUGAUCCUAUAACGGAUGUUAAUAUUAAAUAUAUAGAGAAGCAAGCUUAUGAGAGUGCGAUGCUCUUAGCAGGAGCUUAUGAAGCCGUAGCAAAUGGAAAAACUAGAGAUUUAGUCUUUACCAAUCAAAAGUUAACGUUAAAGUAUUCAACUUUUUUCUCGGAUGGGAGAAGAUUAAGAUUAUUAAAGGAUAAGAAUGGAGAAUAUAAUCAAGCUUUAUUUAGUGGUUAUAGACAAUUUCCAUCUCCGGACGUUCAUUGUCGAUUUUUAAGAAACUGCACUCAAUCAGAUAAACAAAGAAAAAGCUAUAGAUUAUCUUUAUGGAUAUUUACGGCAUUAAUCCUAGGAAUAGUAAUCAUUUGGUUAAUGAAACGUUUUGUAGAAGAUCAAAGUUGGUAUGGAAUAUCUUCAUGGCUAUUAAGAAGUGCUGAUUUAUUCUUCAUUGAAAAAGAUGAACAGAACUCUAUAACGAAAUCUUCAAACAGCGAUAUUUCAAGUCUUAUAAAUUCAUCCGAAGACCUGAAAAGGUACACUGAUAUAGCAACGUCUGAAAAGUUUGGAAUGUUAGUUGUAAAGCCAUUAAAUAAAAAUUUCGAUUUGAAUAAUAAGAAAAUAUUGCAAGAAUUAAAACUGGUUAAAAAUAUAGAACAUGAAAAUAUUAAUCCUUAUCGUGGAGUAUGUAUAGACUAUAGAUAUCCUUGUUUACUUUUGGACUAUUGCUCAAGGGGAAGUUUGCAUACAGUAUUUAAGAAUUCAAGAUUUAAAUUGGAUUCUACAUUUGAACUAUCAUUUUCAAUAGACAUUUGCAAAGGUUUAGAUUAUUUGCAUAAUAGUCCUAUAAAUUUUCAUGGUAGAUUAAAAAGUGAAAAUUGUGUAGUUGACACUAGGUGGACUGUAAAAAUAACGGAUUUUGGUUUAGAUUACAUUCGUACAAACUAUUUGAUAAGUGAAAAAGAUCAUUUCAUAGAGGGAAUAAAGCGAUUUUGGCAAUCUCCCGAACAGUUAAGAGGUAAAAAACCAAAGGGAAGUAAAGAGGGAGACAUCUAUUCAUUCGGUAUAAUUCUCUUGGAAAUAAUUACAAGAAAAUAUCCAUUUUAUCUGGAAAGGGAGUAUAUGAGACCUAAACAGAUAAUAGCCGCAAUAAUAGAUAAGAAGCGUACUCCAAAAUUUAGACCUAAAAUUGUAGAAAAAUUUCAGAAUACCCAUAAAUUAAUUACGGAGAUCAUUACAAAAUGUUGGAAAGAAUUGCCUAAGGAGAGACCCAGUUUAAAAGCAUUAAGUCAAGAACUACGAGAUAUGGUUCAAGGAAAGGAGAUAAGCCUCAUUGAUAAUGUUACCAAAGAGAUGGAUGCCUAUCAAGAUUCAUUAGAAGAUGAGCUAUUUAAAGCUCAUAAGAGAUUAGAAUACGCUAAGAGCGAUACUCUUGAUAAAAUACAAUAUUAUUCUCCCAGGGAUUUAGUUAAGAAGUUUGCCGAGUCAAUAAAUCCUAAAAUUCCAGUUUAUCAAGAACAAGAAUGUUCAAUUUGUUUUAUUGAAAUUCAUAGAUUUCACGAAGAAUUUGAAUCAAUGAAUGCUAAUAAACUUAUUGAAUUAUUGCAAGAUCUUCACAAAAGAAUUGAUAGAUUAUUAUCAAAGAAUGAUAAAGUUGAUAGAAUUUAUCAUUCUUGCUACGUUUAUCUUCUUGUUUCUGGAUUAAUUUGUCCAAAUACAAAUCACGCGUUAGAUAUUGCUAGAGUUGCAAUAUCGUUGAGGAACUCUCUAAACGAAAGACCAAUUCUUGAGGACCAAUCGUACGAAAUUAAAUUGAAUAUUGGAAUUCAUUCGGGAGAACUCGUUGGUUGUAUGACUGGAGGAAAGAUGGAUAAAUUUAUGGUAUUUGGUGAUGCGGUUCAUAUAGCUCGACAAUUACAAAAAAAAUGCUCACCUGGUUCUAUUCUAGUUAGCGAGCCAACAAAUGGACUAUUAAGGAAAGUUGGUCUAUUUACAACCAUUCCAGGACCAACUGUAACCAUUGAAAAUCAAUAUACUAUGACAUCUUAUGAAUUAAUUAAAAAAUUUGGUUAUCUGCGUAAAAGAGAAACGGAAACGUUCGAAAGUUUUCCAUUUGGGCGUCUAAUGCAAGCGAGAUGCGGGGGAAGAGUAUCAAAAGCUCAGACCAAUAGUAAAUCUUCUCAAUUCCUGUCUAUACCAGAUAUUAGUCCUAAUAUAUCGACUUUGAAUAAGCAAAUACAACCAAAUGAUUCUGAUAGAGAUGAUAAAAAUCACAAGAAGAAUAUUGCCUUUCAAGCCGUAGAGAGGAAUAAUGAAAAAAUCUUAAAAAAUCGAUUAUUAAAAGAAACUAAUCGUUUUGUAAGAUUAAGUAAAAUUUAA